UCUGCGAAAUUCGCUAUGGAUGCACUUGUGGUUUACACAAUUAGCGCUGUGCUAGGGGCUAUAGGUUUCACUACCGUAGAUGUUUUUAAGUGUGUUAACGAUAUCGAGAAAUUUACCUAUUCCAGUAUGAAUCUGAUUACAGUGCUAUUUUGUUUGUAUAAAGUUGUAUCUUUUGCAUUAAAACGCCGACAGUUUCUGGAUUUAAUUCGAUACGCCAAGAAGCACUUUUGGUAUAUUGAGUAUGAAGAAUAUGGCGCUGCUGUAAUGAACGAGUGCAUGAGGAGAUUGACAGGAAUCGUAGCAUUUGCAAUUUUCAUGUGUCAUUUGACGAUAUCAAUUCAUUACAUAAGACCGCUACUAGAGAAUCGAGGGAGAAAUGGGAGUGACAGGGAAUUCCCGUUCCGAUUGUAUUCCAAUUUACCGAUUAAAGUGUCACCCUGGUAUGAGAUUUUAUAUCUUGCGCAGAUUUUCUCAACGUGGCCUUGUUGCUACACUUACUUUUGCUUCGACAAUUUCUUAUGUCAAAUGAACAUCACUGCCACCGGACAAUUUGUGAUACUGCAGAAAGAAUUGAGAGAGAUUUGCGAUAAGCGAAAUGAAUCAACUGUAGUCAACGAAAUUCACGUUCGAUCACGAUUUGUGAGGUGUAUUCGGAGACAUCAACAGCUAAUUGCUUUCGUCGAGGACAUCAAAGAACUUUAUCGAAGUGUAAUGCUUGGAGUAGUUAUUCUCCUCAGUUUCUUAAUUUGCAUGGAGAUGGUUCAGCUCAUGACCUCAUCCAGCAGCAGCGCACUCUCUACAUUCCAUUACUGUGUAUACGUUGGGGGAAGUAUAACACAAUUAUACUUUUACACAAUGUCAUGUGAUAAUCUCACUGGUGCAAGCCUCGCAAUAUCCGACGCAGCUUAUGAUGUACGAUGGUUUAUCAUCAAAUCAGGUGCUUCAAAAAAUCAAUUCGUAAAAGAUCUGUCGAUGGUUAUCAUGAGGUCGCAGCGAGCAUGUACUCUGACGGUCGGCGGAUUUGCACCGGUCACUUUGCAGACAUUUACAUCGAUUUGCCAUACUGCAUUCUCAUUUUUAGCACUGGUCAGGCAGACACUUCGAGACAAUGAGCAAUAA